UGAAGAUAAUGUUAAUUGAGGUGAGUCCGGGUAAUUUGGAAGUUGGUACGAGCCUGACCCCAGAAUUAAACGCGCGGAGCAGAGCCGCCUAUGCAUCAACAAACCAACAGCCCUUCCCUCUCAAGCCUCGGCCUCCCUCUCUCAUUUUCUCAUUCUUAUUCCUGUACACGCCCUACCGCCAUCCUCCGUUUUCCUCCCAAAACUGUCAGAGCAAGAUGAGAGAAAUCCUCCACAUCCAGGGCGGCCAAUGCGGUAACCAGAUCGGGGCCAAGUUCUGGGAAGUCAUCUGCGACGAGCACGGCAUUGACCACACCGGCAAGUACAGCGGCGACUCCGACCUACAGCUUGAGCGCAUAAAUGUCUAUUACAACGAGGCCAGCGGCGGCAGGUUCGUCCCCCGCGCCGUCCUUAUGGAUCUCGAGCCCGGAACCAUGGACUCCCUCCGAUCGGGCCCCUUCGGCCAGAUCUUUCGCCCCGACAACUUCGUCUUCGGCCAAUCGGGGGCCGGAAACAACUGGGCUAAGGGUCAUUACACCGAAGGAGCCGAGUUGAUCGACUCUGUUCUUGAUGUUGUCCGGAAGGAGGCUGAAAAUUGUGAUUGCUUGCAGGGAUUCCAAGUUUGUCACUCUUUGGGCGGAGGCACUGGCUCUGGCAUGGGCACCCUUCUUAUUUCCAAGAUCAGAGAGGAGUAUCCUGAUCGCAUGAUGUUGACAUUUUCUGUCUUUCCUUCUCCCAAGGUAUCUGAUACCGUCGUGGAGCCUUACAACGCUACUCUUUCUGUUCAUCAGCUUGUUGAGAAUGCUGAUGAAUGUAUGGUCCUGGACAAUGAGGCUUUGUAUGAUAUCUGCUUCCGCACGCUCAAGCUUGCCACUCCAUCUUUUGGUGAUCUUAACCACCUCAUCUCUGCAACAAUGAGUGGCGUCACAUGCUGUCUGCGAUUCCCUGGACAGCUGAACUCAGACCUUCGAAAGCUUGCAGUUAACCUUAUCCCUUUCCCACGUCUCCACUUCUUCAUGGUUGGGUUUGCACCCUUAACAUCAAGAGGAUCUCAGCAGUACAGGAACUUAACUGUCCCCGAACUGACCCAGCAGAUGUGGGAUGCCAAGAACAUGAUGUGUGCUGCUGAUCCCCGUCAUGGUCGUUACCUCACUGCUUCAGCAAUGUUCCGUGGGAAGAUGAGCACCAAAGAAGUUGAUGAACAGAUGAUAAAUGUACAGAACAAGAACUCCUCAUACUUUGUCGAGUGGAUACCGAAUAAUGUGAAAUCUAGCGUCUGUGAUAUCCCACCGAAAGGCCUGACGAUGGCAUCAACAUUCAUUGGGAAUUCAACUUCAAUUCAGGAGAUGUUCAGGCGCGUAAGUGAGCAAUUCACGGCAAUGUUCAGGCGAAAGGCUUUCUUACACUGGUACACUGGCGAAGGCAUGGACGAGAUGGAGUUCACCGAGGCCGAGAGUAACAUGAACGACUUGGUGGCAGAGUAUCAGCAGUACCAAGAUGCAACCGCUGAUGAUGAGGAGUACGAGGAAGAAGAAGAGGAGGUCGCAAUGUGAGGUAUAUCUGUAAUAUUUUGCUUUUUCUGGAACUAUGGUGUCUUUGUGUGAGUGUAAUGUUUCAAUUAUGUAGGGGAUUAUUAGCCAGAUGGAGACAAUGUGUGGUGUAUUUGUUGGGUUCUUGUAUUAAAAGUGGGCAAUUAUGAUUGCUUUGUUGUAUUUAUCCAAUUAUGAACGUUUGUCCUGAAAAGAUGCAGCUAAAACUGGCAAGUGUUUCUUUGAGUUGUGAAUGCAAAGCGGAAAUGUACCAAGAAGUUGCUCAUUA